AUGGCAGAAUGUCUUCAUGGGCUACAGAAGCAGAAAUUUAUGCAGCGGCUACGGGAUUUAACAUUUAAUGAAAAAGAAAUUCUAUCAAAAGGUUUAAAAUUCAUACCUACAACUAACAAAUAUGACAUCACAAAACUGCAAAGCGAUCUCUGUGAGUGGGAAAGACGCAUGCGUCUUAAAGAGUAUUUCCAUGAUAAACAAAAUGAUCAGGAGAAAGAUAAUAUCAAACCAUGGAUGAAGAAAAAAAGUAGAUUUACACCAACACCUGGGAGAGAAAAAAGUCUUGAUACAUAUAUUGACGCGGUAAAACGAGAGAUACUAUAUGGACUUAAAGACAGAGUUCAGUCAAAUAUAAGUGACAAAGAAUCAAAGGCCUUACAAAGCUUGCUGAAUGAUUCAAGUAUAAUCAUUCGACCCGCAUACAAAGGAUCAGGAGUUGUGGUCGUUAAUACCGAGGACUAUAUCAAAAAUCUGGAGAAGGAAAUGAAUGAAUGUGAUUCUUAUGAAAAAAACAACGGAAAGUGUAAACAUGAAGCAAGCAGGGCGGUUAAAAAGGUAGCAAAUAAAUUAUAUAGAGACGGCCUUAUUGACCAGGAACUGAAAGAUUACUUAAUACCAAAACACCCCCAAGAAGCAAAGUUAAAAGGAAAUCCAAAAAUCCAUAAAAAUAACAAUCCAUACCGGACAAUAGUGAAUGGCAUUAGGACGGCCACAGAAAACAUGGCAGAAGUUGCAGAGAAAGAGUUGAAUGAGUUUGUAGAAACAACACCAAGUUAUAUUAAAGAUACAACAGAUUUUCUGACAAAACUGCAAGAAAUCCCCAAUGAAAUUCCAGAAAAUACAAUGCUUUUCUGCUUUGAUGUUAUCAAACUUUAUCCAUCCAUUCCUAAACAAAAAGGCUUAGAGGCAUGUAGAGAAGCACUUGAAACUAGAACAGACAAAACCAUCCCUUCAAAAGCAAUAGAAGAAAUGAUAACCACCGUUCUUGACAACAAUAUUAUAACAUUCAAUGGGACUGAGUAUAAACAAAGAAAAGGAGUUGCCAUAGGCUCAAAGUUGGGGAGGAAUUUUGCAUGUGCCUAUAUGCGUAAAUGGGAUGAAGAACUAAUGAAGAAUGAGUUCAUACCAAUCUUUUACAAAAGAUACAUCGACGAUGGAUUUGGAUUUUGGACACAUGGACUGGAAAAACUUAAUGAGUUCCUUAUGUUUGCAAACCAGAUUGAUGAAAGUAUUCAAGUAGAAAUGAGAGUUGGUGGGAAAGAAAUAGAAUUUCUGGAUACUAUCGUGAAGAUAGAAGAUAGGAAAUUUAACAUCGAUGAACGAAACAAGGGCCUUGUUUCUGGACAGAAUAUUGACUACCUAUGA